AUAAUUUAGGAAUACACGGCGCAUACAGGAUUAUUAGGAAAUCGGUGUUUGUCCAGAAAAUAGUGUUCACCCGUUAUAUCGUUCGGAUAAGGUGUCAAACGAUAAUAAUUACCGAUACUCGCAGCGCUAUCACCGUCAGAACGGAGAGCGUUUAUUUCGGUUAGUAGCACGAAAGCUGGCAUUCCGAAAGCAAGGCGUAUUCUUCAUACGACAGAAAUUCAUUUUUUUUCUAAAUGAAUCAUCAGCCUUGACAUAAUUUAUAAACUUUAAAAUGAUUCUGGACUAUCUAUAAAAAAUGGUGGGAAGACGUGUUUUUUUUUUACGAAAUGACAAGGAUUUCGAAAAUCUGUUAAACCUAUUUGGAAUUUAUCUUUAAACUACUCUGUAUUAUUUGUUAUUUAUUUUUCAGAGAAUACAAUAAUCGAAUAGUGUGAUCUCAAAACUAUGAAAAUGUUUGUGCUCAUAAAGUUACAGUGAAGUGUUAAACGAAUUACUAAAUAACUACGGGACGAAGAAGUUUUUAAAAAAAAAUUUCAUCUCUUAUUAAUUAAAAUAUAAACGUGAAGAAAAUUAUACAGUACUAUAAUGAAACUACGUACAAUAAUAAAAUAGUGAAUAAUAGAGAUAAUUUAAUCAACUUAUACUCAAUCCAUAUCUCUAUAAAUGAUUUAAGCGAAACAAUCAAACAUUAUCAUUCGGCAAUGCCUUCAUAGAGAAUCCAUGAUGCCAUUUGUUCUCUACUCAAAAAGAAAAGUCAGAAACAUGAAGUUUUCAGCGACCCUGUUGUAACCCGAUUACGUCAACGUACCGAAGUCAAACAGCAGCCUCCGUUGAAACAGAAGGCUCGACCGGCUCUUCCACUGAAUAAUGCAGGAGAUAAAUAAGACAUGAUGAGAUUUUCGUGCUUUCCAAAACCGAACAUCCUGGCGCAAAGGGGUAGCAUGAAUUUGACUCCCCUGCCAGGAAAGGAUGUUUCAUCGGCAGGGAUGAGUAGUGGGCAAAUGAAUGGCAGCGCAAAAGAACCAAUAGCCAUGAGCUACAAACGUUCCAGUGAAAUUGAUAUUACCAGUAGCGUGAUACGACCUGUGCCGGUUAUAACUGUAUCAAAUGGUCCAACAUCGACGCUACGCUCUAAUACUAAGGCCAGAGCACCGGCGCCGCCGAUAAUCCAACAAGAUCAACAACAAUCCUCCCAGCCGUCGACGCCCCAGCUGACACAACAUCCGACGCACAAUCCGAGGGGCGGUGUCAUUGGAAGGACGCCGACGCCACCAUCGGCUCCGACGCCCGUUUAUGAUAAAGAUUCUAGAUCGAGACGGCAAAUCAAAAGAGCAAUUCUCGAAAAUGAAUUUUUGGGUAAUCUUGAAGAAAACCAGGUGGAAGCUCUGGUUUCUGCCAUGUACCCUAAGCAGAUACCUCCUAAUACUCAAGUAAUUCGCGAAGGAGAUAUAGGAUCUCAUCUGUAUGUCUCGGCCGAGGGCGAUUUUGAUAUUUAUGAUGGUAACAAGUUCCAGAGAAGUUUUGGUCCUGGUGUAGCAUUUGGAGAACUGGCACUACUGUAUAAUACAAAGAGACUACGUUCCAUAACCGUGAAAAAUGGUGGCAAGGUAUGGGUCCUGGACAGAUCCGUAUUUCUUACUGUGAUGAUGAGAAGCGCCCAGGAACGACUAGAAGCCAACAUACGAUUCCUUAGACGAGUGUCCGUUCUACAAAAAUUACCUGAACCCAGAGAACACGUGCUUACAAAAAUUUCGGAUUUAAUACGCGUCGAAUUUUUCCCAGCUGCUGCGCGAAUAGUCAAGCAGGGCGAACGUGGUGAGAAAUUCUAUAUAAUCAGCGGAGGUAACGUAAGGAUAACAAAGGACACCGACUAUGAUGGUGAGGAAGAAUUACUGGUACUGGGAAGAGGACAGUAUUUUGGUGAAAAGGCACUUUUCGAUGACGCGGGUGAAAAUCGAAGGCAUGCAAACGCCAUUGCUCUGGCUCCCGGUGUAGAAUGUCUCACUUUGGACAGAACCACCUUUUUAAAUUACUUGGGCGGUCUCGACGUUAUUCGCAAUAAGGACUGGUUAGCAGAAUACGAAAAGCAGAAACGUUCUCUGACGCCAAAAAAAUGGACCAAUGCCUACUCGAAUUUAGUUCUGUCCGAUUUGGAGGUGCGAGGUACUCUAGGAGUCGGUGGAUUUGGUCGUGUUGAAUUGGUAACACUUCGUUCAGAUUCUGAUAAGAGCUUCGCCCUGAAGAAGCUCAAAAAGAAGGUGAUGGUUGAUCAGCAACAGCAGGAACAUGUUCUCAAUGAGAAACAUAUUAUGCAGGCUUGCGAUUCGCCGUUCAUUUGCAAGCUUUAUCAAACGUACAAGGAUCACAAAUACGUAUACUUCCUUAUGGAAGUUUGUCUGGGAGGUGACGUGUGGACGACGUUACAGAGAAGAAGAUAUUUCGAUGAUCACACGGCACAAUUUAUGGUUGGAUGUGUGGUAGAGGCUCUGGACCAUCUUCAUUCUCUUAAUAUUGUCUAUCGAGAUCUCAAGCCUGAAAAUCUCAUGCUAGAUACUCGUGGUUAUUUGAAAUUGGUGGACUUUGGAUUUAGUAAGAAAAUUGGUCCAGAUAAGACUUGGACCUUCGCUGGGACACCUGAAUACGUAGCCCCUGAAAUAAUUUUGAAUAAAGGACACGAUAGAGCCGUAGAUUAUUGGGCCCUGGGUAUCCUCACGCAUGAACUCUUAGUUGGUAAACCACCGUUCAGAGGUCCUGAUCACAUGACCACCUACAAUAAAAUUCUAAAGGGCAUAGAUAUGGUUGGAAUACCUAGUAUUGUUAAUAAAAAUGCUAAUAAUCUUAUUAAGAAACUCCUACGACUUAGUCCGUCUGAGCGUUUAGGUUAUCAAAAAAAUGGUAUUCAAGAUAUCAGAGAUCACAAGUGGUUCUUGGAUUUCAAUUGGCAAGCCUUGCAGAGGUUAAGUCUACCAGCACCGAUCGUUCCUACGAUACGGAGUCACGUUGACACAAGAAAUUUCGAAAGAUAUCCACCGGACCGAGAAAUACCACCAGAUGAAUUCUCCGGCUGGGAUAUGGAGUUCUGAUGAGAGUUUUGAAAUCGAAGGGAAAAAGAAUAUUAAUGCAAAAAGACGAAUUAUUUAUUUAGUCACGUUAUUUCGGCUAUAGAGACAUCACAUUCGAUCUUGCAGAUGCACCCGAAGAAUGUCGAAGAAAGCCGAAUCGAGUUUCGCGUUACACACACAGUAUAACCUCUAUGGAUGCAUACCUAACAGUUCAAUUAUUCGUGCAUCUAUCGAGAUCCGUGCGACGAACACGAAUCAAUCACGUGUUUGCUUUGAAAGGAAAGAGAAUUAAACAUUUUUUAGUUGUCUAUCUGACCGACGCCAAUCGGGCGAUACUUAAUCCCAGUUCUUGAGAGCACCUAAGUUCUACAGGCACUAAGGGGAGAUUACAAUUUAUCCGGCCCCUGUACCUAACAAUUGUUUAUGGUUGUAUUUUUCACGAGGAAGAAAAUAGUAUAUGAGAGUUAUUGCACUAACUGCUACAAUUUUCGAAUAAUGCAGUCGGAAAUAAAUAAUAUGAAUUUUUUAAUAAUAGUUCGGUUUCUAAAGCACCAGUUGACUUGGAAAACAGCCAUGUAAUAAUUAUUAUGUUAGCAUGUUUAGUUUAGAAAACUUGACAAAUGUGAAACAAAUUCAAACCAAUGUUAUAUAUUACUGAUCCUGAUCGUGUUUUAGUUAAAAAGAAUCGUACACAAUAUUGCAAUGCUGCGAUGGGCCACGCCACUGCUGAUCAUAUGUUAUGGAUCAGUUGACUCCGUUAGCGCAAAUUGUAAUUUACAAAAUUAUAUGUUACAGAAACUAGAGCAGUUAGCGCUCAUUGUGCUACUCAUACACUAUUAUGUUUUUCGUAAAAAAAUACAAUCAUAAGCAAUUAUCAAAACAAGAGGCCGGAGAAAUCAUGAUCUCUCCUAGUUCUGUGUAGAGUUAACCAAAUAGAGUUAUUUCGUGCAGAACCGGGUCCAACUUCCAUUAUUCACAAACCUGAAGUAUCAAUGAAAGAUAUAAUAGACAAGCAAAGAUCAAGAAUGCAACGACAGAGGUAAUAUUGUAGUUAUUUUUUUAUAUAAUGAUCUGGACAGAGUAGCUUUCAUGUACAUCAAACAAAUUUUCGACGAGAAGUGAUCAUUAAAGUUGCAUUCACAAACUCAACAAACUAUGUACUCAAUACUACAAAUUGUAUACAGGGUGGCCACUAAAAACCUGAAUGAUAUAAAACAAAAUCCUCUUCAAAUCCUUCAGUCUUUCAGUGGCUACCCUAUGCUAUUAUAGAAAUCGAAUGACAAUGAUUUAUCUGUAUUAUUGUUAUUAUAUACAUAAGUCAUUCAAUUUCAUUUGACAGUAAUUAUACAUUGUCAUUCAUCAUGGUAUAUAUUUAUGUACAUGUAUAGAGAUAUAUUAUAUGUCCCGUCUGAAGUGGGAUAUCUGAAGUUACCGCGUUCAAAAGCAACAAAAGAAAGAAUCCACUGCAGACACUGCUGUAAAAUAAAACAAAAAUUGAUUGUCUGAAAAGGCAGAACGAUUAGCAUUUAUAGGUUAAGAUUGUAAGUUAUUAUAAUUAGAGUCUGCUCUCUCUACGUCGCCACUCUUCAAGAAGUCGUCUCGUGUUAAAGCUGACUAAGCUUUCUCUCAACCAAAAGCAAAACGGAAAAGUUGGUUCAGACUGUAUAUGAAUCCAGAGAAAAUCUGACUAUAAAUUUUUUCAUAGUGUAAAGGACUAAAACGUACCGAUACGACGCGCAUGCGCAACGCUCGUAUAUUAGCACAGGGUUAGCGGGGUACUAAAAUUCUUAGAACUCAAUUCUACAUUCCGAUGGCUGGGCUCGUAGAGAGAAUCAACUGUGAGAGCCUUUUACGUACAAAUAAUAGAAUGAUUACUUAGAUGAAUCUUAAUAAUCUAGCUACUUCACAUUACAGUGAUACAUAGGUACAAGUCGUUCGGUAGAUGUGAUUAUGUUCCAUAACCUAACUGGAUAUUUCGAUUAUCGUUGAAUUCCAUGACACAUGUUGAAGCUAUCAAAAUAUUGUAUCUCAUUCAAGACUCGGCAACUUCAAACUUCCUACUUGAAAUGGUAUUACAUAGAUAUUUCAUAGGUAUACCAGAUUAUUCAACCCAAAAAGACCACCUUAAUAUGGCUUUACCAUAGGACUCAAAUGAGCGCGCUAACUUCAGGUGGUGCGUUUUUAUUGAAUAAUCCUGUACAUACAUAUAUAUAUUUUAAUACAACCUUCUUGAAUUUACCAUGCUUCUUUUCCGCUACUAUACUUAACAUACAGAACAUACAUAACUACACUGAACAUACAGAAUUUUCGUAUACAUAAAAUCAAUUGCGUCUUGACACAAAAAUCUCGUUGAAUUAUAUCACUUUAUUUGCACAUUAAUCUUACCUGUCAGUUAUUUUAACCGAUUUGUACGUGUAUAUGACGAAUGUCUGAUUAUUUUUAAUAGGUAUUGCUUCGUAAACGAGUAAAAAUUAUCGAGCGAUAUGUGAACGAUAACGGGUAUCUGAUUUGGUAAAAAUGAUUAAUAACUGUCAAAGAGAUAUCAAUGGGCGUUACAGAUUAAGACGUGCAUAAAAUAACCGUCAUAAGAAGUGAUGUCAUCGGAGAACGUAUUUAAUGAAAAUUAUUGUAUUUACUUUUUCUUUCAAAUUAAUAUUUAUUGUUU